AUGAAAUCCUUUUUAAUGAAAUUCUGCAGACUGUUUUGCUUAGCACUGACUUUACCCUUACAUCUACUGGAGAUCACAGGCCUGUACGGUAUGUACAAACGUUUGUUUCCCUUGCUGGCCUACAACAUUACGUUUUCGUACAACGAUAAAAUGCACACAACGAAGAGAGACCUUUUCCGAAACGUGGGGAAAUUUGCAAACACAGACGGUACACUUCGCCUGCUGGAGAUCGGCUGCGGCAGCGGGGCGAACUUCAAGUUCUACCCAUACGGCUGCACGGUGAUCUGCACUGACCCCAACCCGCACUUCAUGAAGUAUCUGCGGAUGAGCAUGGACGCGAACCAGCAUUUGACUUAUGACAAGUUUCUAGUUAUGUCUGGAGAGGACAUGAAGGAAGUAGAGGACGGGUCUGUGGACGUUGUUGUCUGCACCUUAGUUCUCUGCUCUGUCAGCGACGUGCAGCGCGUGCUGCAGGAGGUCCGACGGAUUCUCAAAACGGGUGGAGCCUUCUACUUUUUGGAACAUGUUGUCUCUGAUCCGUCCUCCUGGACAUAUUUCUUUCAGCAUGUGCUUGAACCUCUGUGGUACUAUCUGGGGGAUGGAUGCACGAUUACCAGAGCAACGUGGAAAGAUCUGGAGGCCGCUGGGUUCUCUGAACUUCACCUAAAACAAAUUGAGGCUCCAGAGGUUACUUUAAUGAUAAGACCGCAUAUCAUGGGAUAUUCCAUUAAAUGACUGCAGGGGAGAAUGGACAGAUGUUAUUUUGGCCCAUGAUAUAGUUUUCACACUAAGACCAGUCAUUGGUCACUAUGAGAAUAUUUUACUUCCUGUUAAACCAUACCUUAUAUUCUUAGGCAUUUACAGUUUGUCACUAUAGCCCUCAUGCAACACGUUCAUUGGUCCACCACUAACAUUUAUUUAAAAAUAGUGAGUCCAAAUUCAGUCUGCACCUUUCAAAUUAUCAAAUGCAUUCAAUCUGUGAACAUAUUAAAAGUCAAUUCCCAAUUCCACAAUAUAGUUGAGAAUGAAAGAAAAAUUAUAUAUAGGGACCAAGGAAAACACUGUGUGAGAUGACAUCGUACACACACCCUUGUAGAUCUAGCAGAUCUGGUUUCAUUUACGAUAAACAAAAACACAUUAGCAACAUUGCCUAUUUUGAGAGAAAAUAUAUUUAUUUUCUAACAGAAUCAGC